AUGAACCGCAUCGACGUGCACCACCACUUUAUCCCCCCUGCCUAUGUCAAGGCCUUCAACUCGACUCCUGGUGACCCCUCCGGCUGGCACCUCCCCAAAUGGACCCCCGAAUCGACCCUCUCCCUCAUGGGCUCCCACUCCACCCGUACGGCCAUUCUAUCUCUAACUGCACCGGGCACGUCUAUCUUGUCCAAUUCCCCAGUGGAAUCAGCCAACCUAGCCCGGCAAAUCAACCUCUAUGGGUUCCAACUUCACCAGGAAAACCCCACUCGGUUCGGUUUCUUCGCCAGUCUCCCACAUCUCACACCUGAAACCAUCCCCUCGGCCAUCGAGGAACUCGCCCAUGCUCUGGACACCCUCCAGGCGGACGGUAUAACUCUCUAUACUCGGUAUAGCGGAACUGGAUACCUCGGUCAUGCGGCCUUUGCGCCGCUCUGGGAGGAACUCAACCGCCGCAAGGCAGUAGUCUUCAUUCAUCCGACAAACACGUCCUCGGACGCAAAGAACAAGCCGGAGAUGGUCAAUCCGAAACUGCCACAACCGAUCAUUGAUUAUCCACAUGAGACAUGUCGAACGGCGGUCGAUCUGAUCACCUCCGGGACGAUCUCGAAGAACCCCGACGUGAAGAUUAUUCUGUCCCACGGAGGCGGUACACUACCUAUUCUCGCUACUCGGGCGGCAAACCUUCUUUACGAUGCGGGUCUGACCGAUAUCUCCCCAGAGAUGUUCCUGGAGCAGGCCAGGAACUUUUAUCUCGACCUCGCCCUUUCCGGGAACGGGGGGGAAUUUGGAGUUACUGGUCCACCUGGUCUGCCUGUCAUUGGCAACAUCCACCAGAUCCCCGCAGUACGCGCUCAUCAAAAAUUCACCGAAUGGGCCAAAGUAUAUGGCGGUCUCUACAGCUUCCGAAUUGGCCCAGCGACCGCCGCCGUUAUCACCGAUCGGAGUCUGGUCAAGGAACUGCUCGACAAACGCAGCGCUCUAUACAGCUCACGCCCAGUAUCCUAUGUGGGACAGAAUCUCAUAACCGGCGGCGACCAUCUCCUCGUUAUGGAUAACAACGAAAUGUGGCGGCUAUUCCGCAAGACAGUGCACCAGCACUUCAAGGCGAGCAUGUGUGAGAAGGAGCACGUCAAGCUCCUCGAAGCCGAGCACACGCAGAUGAUGCGCGAUUUCCUCCUGUAUCCAGAGAAACAUAUGCUGCACACGAAGCGCACCACGAACAGUAUCAUCAUGAAGCUCUACGAGAUCAUGGAGCAAUGGUCGAAGGUCAUGGAGACGGGCGCCACACCACCCGUCGAUAUCUUCCCGUGGCUGAAAUGGAUCCCACAGCGGUGGUUGGGCAACUGGGUUGAUCGGUCGGUAGAGGUGGGCAGCGGCAUGAAAGCAUUGUAUGGGUCCUUCCGGCGACGGGCGAUCGAAGCACGACGACAGGCCGAGCAGAGUUCACAAAGCAGAGCUCGGACCUUCAUUGAUCACGUCCUGGACCUACAGGAGAAGGCAAACCUCACUGACAACCAAGUCGACUUCCUCGGUGGCGUAAUGAUGGAGGGUGGGUCCGAUACCGGGUCCACGAUGCUCCUGGUAAUGAUCCAGGCGCUGGUGCAGCAUCCCGAAGUACAGGAGCGGGCGCGUGCCGAGCUCGACGCCGUCUGUGGCGAAGACCGAUCCCCGACAUGGGCAGAUUUCAGCCGUUUGCCAUACAUCAACAUGAUCGUCAAAGAGACGAUGCGCUGGCGACCGGUGACGCCACUAUCGUUCCCGCACGCGCUCAACCAAGACGACUGGGUGAAUGGGUAUCUCCUACCGAAGGGGACGACCGUGUUUCUGAAUGUGUGGGGCCUCCACCACGACGAAAGCGUACUCCCCAAUCCCGAGCGGUUCGACCCGAGUCACUACGAAGGCCGACAUAAUCUGGCUUCAGACUACGCCGCCUCGCCGGACUACAUGCAGCGGGAUCACUUCAUCUAUGGGGCUGGACGACGACUGUGCCCGGGAAUACAUCUGUCGGAGCGCAGCAUGUUCAUCGGAGCAGCCAAGCUCCUAUGGGGGUUCCAGUUCGAGCCCGAAAUGAACGAGUCGGGCAGGCCGGUCGCAAUCGACACCGACCCGAUCACUGGGUACACCGAGGGAUUCCUGGUGUGUCCGCGGGCGUACAAAUGUAAAGUCUCCCCUCGGUCCGCUGCGAGGGCCGAGACGAUUAUGCGCGAGUUCGCCCAGGCCGAGUCCGAGGUCCUUUGUCAGUAUGCGACGCCAUAA